GAAGGACACUAUAUAGAGGGGCUCCUCUCUCCACCCUCAGCAACUCUGCAACUGUGUGCUCUUUUGGCAUCGUCUUGCUUCCACUGCUGCUGCUUCUAUUUGGUUUGCUGUCAUCAGAAGCAGUUCCUUCAGAUUUUCUCCAAAAGGACCCUACACUCCACCCACAGGACUGCACUGUGAAGAGGUUUGAGGGGACUUUUUUUCUUCGAAACUGUGGUGGAAAGGAAAUGCAGGACCCAGUAGAUCCCUCAAGCCUACUCUUCAAUUGCUCCAGUCAAUCAAAUUUCUCUUUGGAAACAUCAGAACAAUGUGGCAAAGAGACCCACCUCGAGAAUAUCCUUUUUGCCACUUUCUACUUUGUUGACUUCAUCCUGGCUUUUGCUGGCAACGCCUUGGCUCUUUGGCUCUUCAUCCGGGACCAAAAGUCAGGCACGCCUGCCAACAUUUUCCUGAUGCACCUUGCUGUGGCUGACCUGUCCUUUGUGCUGGUCCUGCCCACCCGCCUGGUGUACCAUUUUUCUGGUAAUCACUGGCCAUUUGGCGAGAUUGCAUGCAGACUCACUGGCUUCCUUUUCUACCUCAACAUGUAUGCCAGUAUCUACUUCCUGAUGUGUAUCAGCGUUGACCGUUUCCUAGCCAUUGUGCACCCUGUCAAGUCCAUCAAGCUCCGCAGGUCCCUUUACGCCCAUUUGGCGUGUGCCUUUCUAUGGGUUAUAGUUGGGGUGGCGAUGGCCCCUCUGCUGCUCAGCGUGCAGACAGUCGAGAUGAAAGGCACGACCAUCUGCCUGCAGCUCUACAGAGAAAAGGCAUCACGCCACGCCCUCGUGUCCUUGGCAGUGGCAUUCACCUUCCCCUUUGUUACCACAGUGACUUGCUACUUACUGAUCAUCCGAAGCCUCAAGAGUGGGAGCAGAGUUGAGAAACACCUGAAGGAAAAAGCUAUCAAAAUGAUCAUCAUGGUUCUGAUGAUCUUUCUGAUUUGCUUCGUACCUUACCACGUCAAUCGCUACAUUUAUAUUGUCCGCCGCAGCGGGACCAAGGCUUCCUGCGAGACUCAGCGCGCUCUGGCGCUGGGGAACCGCGUCACGUCCUGCCUCACCAGCCUCAACGGGGCCUUGGACCCUGUCAUGUAUUUUUUUGUGGCCGAGAAAUUCCGUGAGGCUUUGUGUAAGCUCUUUUGUGUUAAAAAGACUGUACGGUUACCUCAAACGUGUGAAGGCAAGACAAACGAAAGCUCACUAAGUGCUAAAUCUGAACUGUGAAGGUGAGCCUGGGCUCUGCUUUGACCUGAGAACACUCUUCCACCCAAAUCAGCUGAGAGCACAAAGAUGCAGCAAGAAUCUGGAAUCCAGGGUCCCACGCAUCCUGAGGAGGGAAGUUAUUUUAACAAGGCUGCAAUUAGCGAGAACCCCUCUGACAACGGAGACCAGAUGUUUUUGUCUUACUGAAACUGCAACCAGAAGUACAGUUCUACUGAUUUCUAAGAUGUGAAACUGAGGGCUGACCACUUCGGAAUAGGGAAGGGAGCAGAGAGGCUAUGAAAUGGCCAUUCAGAAAACAUAACCAAAACAACUUAAUUCCCAAAGCACUCACUAAUGACUCUCCUUUGCACAAUGAGUAAAGCCCACUGCUAAAUUUUACACUGUGCCAGCAGGAUGGAUUCACUCCUGAGGCUGACCUUCCUGCUGAAAAGACAGCAAGCUUGAGCGUUUUGUUCAAGGAUCUGAAUUCAAAGUGUUCAUACAUAGUAAACAGAGAUUUAGUGUCACUAAAUGACAGCACAAGAAGACCACAGUGCUGCAAUUCACCCAGCCUGGAUUGGACUUGGAAUUUUUUUACCUCUUCCCAGCAUUCAGAGUUGGAGAUGAGCACUAAACUACAGACAACCUUUUCCAUCUGACUUUAUCUCAAAGCUGCAGACAGAGGUCAGACAAUAUUUAGGACAAUGCCCCUUUCACAUUGUUCCCUGCAAAGCAUCAGAUAUCCUGAAAAGCCUCAAACUGAAUGAAUGGAAAAGGACUAUUUAGGAAUAUGGCAUUCAUCUUUACUACAUAGUGAACCAUAAAAGUACAAACCCAAAUGGCAGAAGUGGAGAAAAGUAAGCAGAUGAAGAAGUGAAGCCUACUUUGUCCAGAAGAGACUUCUGUCUUUGAGGUGUUCUACAAUUAUUUUUCAUGACUUCUCUAGCAAGGCUAUUCCUUCACUACAGAUGCAGUAGGGAUUAUCUUCACUGUCCUCACUGAUACAAACUGCAGCCAGUGGAAUAUGUCUGGAAAUGGAAGGGAAGACCAGGCACAAGGAGAAGUGGAAAGAAGAACCCAAGAGUUUCCUAUACUAUUUACUGCAAGACUGCUUCUAUGCUAUGGAGACAAAUAUGAUAGGAAAUCUCAUGAGAGGUGAAUGAUGUAUUUUAUGUGCAGAUACCUACACACACAAAUCCCUUUUCUACGCUUUUGGGAAUGAGCUCCUUACCAUUUUAGAUUUGGUCCACAAAUUAUGAAAUGAAACCUACUUUAUCUUGCUUAGACUGCUUUCCCUAAACACACCCCAAGUGCUAUCACAGCAGCCCAUUCUAACAAGCUUAAGUGUCAAAAGAAACUCAAUUAUGCCCAGCUCCAAAAACUAAGGCACAGAGGUAGCAUCCAGGAUGGUAGAGAAGAGGGAGUUGAGAGGAGUCCCUGCUGGACAGGGUACAAGUAUAGAACCUUUCCUUUCUUUCUUCACUAGUUAGUGAGAAUAUAAACCCUAGGAAAGUACUAGGCUGUGCUCAAGACAUACGAAAGCCUGAGACUGACUAUGAAUUGUGAGCCACUGUCUGAUAACUGCUGACUGCUAGAUGGUUUAUUUCGUUAUCCUGCUUUUGUACAAGUUCCUCUCUAUGUCUUUAUUUCUUACUUCUGAAUUAAAUGCAUUAAUCCAU